AUACCGAUGGGAUAAAUCCAGAUUCUUGUACAAAUGUACGUAUCGAGGACUGUUACAUUGUCUCUGGAGACGAUUGCAUCGCGGUAAAAAGCGGUUGGGACGAAUAUGGCAUUGCAUUUGGAAUGCCAACUCAACAUUUAAUAAUAAGAAGACUGACUUGUAUUUCUCCUGAUAGUGCUGUAAUUGCAUUAGGAAGUGAAAUGUCUGGAGGAAUUCAAGACGUUAGGGCUGAAGACAUCCUAGCUAUCAAUUCUGAAUCAGGAAUUCGUAUUAAAACUGCGGUUGGUCGUGGUGGGUUUGUUAAGGACAUAUUUGUUAGAAGAAUGACUAUGAAAACUAUGAAGUGGGCAUUUUGGAUGACAGGGAAUUAUGGGUCUCAUGCGGAUGAUAAAUAUGACAAAAAUGCUCUUCCUGUGAUCAAUGGGAUCAAUUACAGUGACAUGGUAGCUGAUAAUGUGACUAUGGCAGCACGAUUGGAAGGAAUAGAUGGAGAUCCUUUCACAGGUAUAUGUAUUUCGAAUGUUACCAUUAGUAUGGCUGCAAAAGCAAAGAAAGUUCCCUGGACUUGCACUGAUGUUGAGGGGUUAACGAGCAGUGUUAGUCCUACAGCGUGCAAUUUGUUACCUGAACAAGUUACAAAUUGUCCCUUUCCUACCGACGUCUUGCCAAUUGAUACAAUUGAAAUUAAGACGUGUUCUUGCAGAACUAAUUACUUUAUUUGAGGUUGAUGAUGUAUGUUUUGAUGUUCUUCAGUAUAAAUUUGUGAUGGCAUCAAUUCCGACCUUGAGUA